AACGUUCACAGCACAGCAUAGUUCAUUAAUAUAUAGACCAACGCACCGAGAGAGACAGAGAGACACAUAUGUAUAUCAGCUGCAGACUGAACGGAAUUUAAUAAAGCACAGCCACAUUGUUGAUCGCAUCACAAGCAAAUAGAAAACAACUAUUUAAUCAAUUACAAGAUCUAUUUAUAAGCGUCGCACUCUAGCAACGGGUUAUCAUGGGUCUGACGCGAAUACUGGUCAAAGAUGGCGGCUUUGGCACACAGAUGACUGUCCAUGUGGGCAACUCUGUGGAUGGCGAUCCGCUGUGGAGUGCUCGCUUCAAUGCCACCAAUCCAACGGCUGUUAUCAAUACGCACUUGGACUUCCUGCAGAAUGGCGCUGAUCUGAUAUUGACAAACACGUAUCAGACAAGCGUUGAGGGCUACAUGGAGUAUCUGGAACUGGAUGAGCAGGAGAGCGUGGAGCUGAUAAAAAAUACGGUUCGAUUGGCGCACAUUGCCAAAGAGAAGUACCUGACGGAAUGCUAUGAGGCACAGUUGGCAGUACCUGAAGGCUAUCCGUUGAUUAUUGCCUCAAUCGGGCCCUUCGGUGCACAUCUGCACGAUGGCUCCGAGUACACUGGCAGCUAUGCGGACUAUGUGCCAGCAAAAACCAUUACGGACUGGCAUCGCGUUCGCAUUGAGGCGUGCCUGGAGGCGGGCGUGGAUGCUUUGGCCAUUGAAACGAUACCCUGUCAAAUGGAAGCGGAAGCGCUUGUCGAAAUGCUGUGCGAUGAUUAUCCCGACGUUAAGUUCUGGGUUGCCUUCCAGUGCAAGGAUGAAAGUACUCUAGCUCAUGGUGAGGAUUUUGCAGAUGCUGCGAAUGCCAUUUGGGAUUUGCUAGCUGAACGUAAAGCCCUGGACAAAUGCCUGGCGGUGGGUGUAAACUGUGUGCACCCUAAGUUUGUGACGCCCCUCUUUAAGAGUUUAAAUGGUGAGCGCAGUCCCGAUGAGCAGAUUCCCCUGGUGGUCUAUCCGAACAGCGGGGAGGUAUACGAUGUGACAACGGGUUGGCAGGGUCGUGAGCACUGUGUGCCGCUCGAGAAUUACGUCCCAGAGUGGGCGCAGCUGGGUGCAAAAAUCAUUGGCGGCUGCUGCAGAACGUAUGCCCGGGACAUUCGACGCAUAAGCGAGGCUGUCCACGACAUAAACAAGCUGAAAAAAUUAGUCUGAG